AUGCCCUUCUACGGCUUCAAGGUUGACGCCAUCUACGUGGCCGGCAAGGCCCUCGACAUCCCCGCCGAGGUGUGGGACGCCAAGAGCGGCGGCAUGAUCCUCGACUCCGGCAACACCCUCACGGUCCUCACCGCCCCGGCGUACAAGGCCGUGGUCACCGCGCUGAGCAGGCACCUGGACGGGGUCCCCAAAGUGAGCUUCCCCCCGUUCGAACACUGCUACAACUGGACAGCACAACUACCGGGAGCGCCGGAGAUCAUCCCAAAGCUGGCGGUGCAGUUCGCCGGAUCGGUGCGGCUGGAGCCACCGGCGAAGAGCUACGUCAUCGACGUGAAACCGGGCGUGAAGUGCAUCUGGGUGCAGGAGGGCGAGUGGCCCGGCGUGUCGGUCAUCGGCAACAUCAUGCAGCAAGAGCACCUCUGGGAAUUCGACCUGAAGAACAUGCAGAUCAGGUUCAAGGAGUCGAACUGCACCCGGUGA